AUGGAACGAUGGGAUCGUACUUCUCAAUUACUAAUAUCAGCUGCUAUUGGUGUUAGUCGAACGAUAGGUGGUCUUCCACUUGAGCAUCCUCUCGAUACGAUUCGAACACGUUGGCAGGCUAAUCCAACAUAUUCUCGCAAUGCUCUCGAAGUUGCUCGUGAAAUCUAUCGAUCGAAAGGUAUUCUUGGUUUUUAUUCUGGCGCCAUUCCGAACACAACUCGACGCGCUAUCAAACAAACCUAUCGAUGGCCAAUGAUGUUAUUUUUUCCGAAUUUCUACCGCAAUCAUAUUUUACCUAGUCGAAUUCAACAACGUUAUCCUCGUUUACCGAAAAUUCUCACCGGUCUUUCCAUCGCGAAUUUCGAAAUCUUGAUUAUAAAUCCUCUCGAACGUGUCAAAGUUUGGCUGAUGACAAGUCCGAAACGUAUUAGUCUACUUGAAUUCUUCCGACAACGUGUAAAUACCGUUGACAUUGUUCGAGAAUUAUAUCGAGGAACAUCCGCUGUCGUGUACCGACAGAAUGUUUCCUGGGUGACAUUUUUAUAUGCCGAUGAACUGACCAAAACAAAACUUCGGGAAUACAAGAAAACUCAAGACUUGAACCAUCUGGAUUUGUUUUUAGCAGGGAUGAUUGUAGGUGUGGUCAAUACAGGUGCAAUGAUGCCGUUCGAUUAUGUCAAAACUCAAAAACAAAAAUUCUUUCAAAACAAUCAAUCGAUGUUCGAAAUCUUCCAAACAACUUUCAAACAGGAUGGUUUGUCUCGAUUUUAUGUCGGAUGGAAAAUAUAUCUUGUUCAAUAUGCCAUUGUUGCGAUAUUAACAGUCAAUGUUUUGGAUAAAUUGGAACAGAAAUUUAAAAAUUCUCCUGUGAAUAAAUCUUAG